UCGAUAAUUUUAUUGUGGGGGUUUAUAAACAAGCACAUGGCUAAUUUCCAUCACCAACCACAAAUUGAAGAGAUUUUGACACAAUCACAGUUCAUUUCUCACUCAGAAUCUACCAACAACCGGAAAGUGUGAUAGAAAAAACAAAUGGCUUCAGAUCCAAAGCUUCACACUUUUGAUGAGGUGUCAAAGCACAACAAGACCAAAGAUUGCUGGCUUAUUCUUUCUGGAAAGGUGUAUGAUGUCACCCCUUUUAUGGAGGAUCAUCCCGGAGGUGACGAGGUUCUGUUGUCUGCAACAGGGAAGGAUGCAACCAAUGAUUUUGAAGAUGUGGGACACAGUGAUUCUGCUAGAGAAAUGAUGGACAAAUACUACAUUGGUGAGAUUGAUUCGUCAACUGUGCCACUAAAGCGCUCCUACGUUCCUCCUGAGCAAUCUCAGUACAACCCUGACAAGACUUCGGAAUUUGUGAUCAAGAUUUUGCAGUUCUUGGUGCCACUCCUGAUAUUGGGAUUGGCCUUUGUUGUCCGAAACUACACCAAGAAAGAAGAGUAGUUCCUUCUUUUUCACAUUGCACCCUUGUGAGGGGUCUGUUAGUUAUUUAUAGAUGGUCAUUUAAAGGACAGUGUUUAGUUUCUUCUUGGUGUCUUGAGCAUUGAAACUGGAUUAUAUUGUGUUACAACUUUCUUUGAUAAUGGUACUAGUGUCAUUGUGGCUGAGGAACAUAAUAAUGUUGGAUGGUGAAUUUGUAUCUCUUCAUUUAGCAUCUUUGUUUCAUUAAUAUUUUCUCAA